AUGUCGAGUUGCAUCUUCUGCAAGAUUGUAGAGGGUUCCAUCCCGUGCCACAGGGUGGCGGAGACGACAAGGGUGUUGGCCUUCGUGGACAUCAACCCCCUCUCCCGCGGCCACCUGCUGAUUGUUCCAAAGACCCACGCAGAGUUUCUUCACCAAGUGGAGCCGGAGACGGCGGCUGACUUGGGGGUGAUGAUGGCAAAGAUAGCCCGUGUCGUGGCUGGGGAGGGAGAACCAAAGACGCAGUACAACGUGCUGCAGAACAACGGCAAACUUGCCCACCAGGAGGUGCCGCAUGUGCACUUUCACAUCAUCCCGAAGCGCAACAAGGAUGAAGGCCUCGCUAUGGGCUGGAAGACAUUGCCGACGGACCACGCCGCCUUUGCGGAGGAUGCAGCGAAGUACAAAAAGGCUCUGGAGAAUAUGUGA